UCUUUGCGUCCUUUUUGUUCAGUAGGUAGGUGUUAGUACUUAGGUACCUAAUAACGGAUUUUACAACUACGGGCGACAGACAUAUUCUGCACAAGAUUCGCUAUUAAUACAUGUGACCUAUUAAUAUCAUUGUCUCGUGGAGGUUAUCUCGAAACUGGUUUGACUCUUCUUAAUACGGCAAACACAGUUCGUGAAGUUAAAGAACUUCCAGUGUGCAACUAUCGUAAGUGAGACGCUACUAUGACGUCGAUAAUGUUAUUAACAUUGCUUGUUGCUUCAUGCCAUUGUGCUGUUGAGUUUAGUUCAAGAGCAAGAAACUUUAGUAUAGAAAUAAUUUACUUCACUCAACGACAAGGACGACUAGAUCAUUUUGUUAUGUCACCUUUUUGUAUUUGGAGUGUGAUGACGGGCGCCUAUGCGGGAGGCCGCGGAGAAACCAACACACAGAUACAACGAGCUAUUGGAACACUGAAAAAUCACGCUGUAUUUUUGAAAAGGUUUAAUGAUUUUACAAACACCUUGUUUCAAUCAAAACCAAAUGGAGUGGAACUAUCGAGCGCAACAUUUCUGUUUCAAGACAAAGACAUAUCCGUACUACCGAGUUAUACAACGACUUUAAACCGAAGCUAUAAGGCACAAUUGCGGAUUCUUGACUUCAAUGAUACGCUGGAGACUGCAAAUCAAGCAAACAGAGUAAUCCAAGACAUUUUCCCAACUAUUACAAACGUAUUCCACGCCGAUGAUUUUAUGGAAGCAAGCUUGAUCCUGGGCAACGUCAUCCAUUUCAGAGGAAUCCUAAAGACACCCUUCAAUGUUUCUUAUACAACGGAAGAAAUUAUUUAUGAUGAAAAUAAUAAAGCCAUCGGCAGCAUUAGCAUGAUGCACCAGAGAGGCAAACUACUAUACUCAAAUUUUGAGAAAAUGAAUUCCUACAUACUAGAGCUGCCCUAUGGUAAUGAUGGAAAUUUUUGUAUGCUAGUUAUCUUUCCAUAUCCGGGAGUCAAACCUAUCGAUGUGUAUCUGAAACUGGAAAAGAUUUCUUUAAGAGACAUAUUUAGGAAGCUUGAAACAGACUUUCUUAUGAAUGGGUUGCAGGAAGUAGACGUGAAAAUGCCGCGCUUUAGAAUAAGGACAAGCAUGCCUCUGAACAAACCCUUAAACGACAUGGGGGUUUUUGAUGCUUUUGAGCCAGAUUUGGGGAGAUUCGAAGACAUUAGUCGAGAUCGUCUGUACAUAAACACCGUCGAACACAAGGCAGAUAUAAUAUUCGCCGAGUCAGAAACAGUAGUAUUCGGAACUACACCAGGGUAUUUUGACUCCCAGCCUUUUUCAUCCAACCUCAAAGCGCAACAACCGUUCAUAUUCUUCCUCAUGGAGAAACCGACAGCCACAAUAAUCUUUGCUGGAAUUUAUUCUAGACAUCACUAUUUAAAUGAAUUAAAUUCUCGUAUAUUAUUUAAUGACGAUUAAAGUUUUAAUUGGAAAGUGCCAUAAUAUAC